CGAAUCUCGAAGUCACAUAGCAGCAAUUCGUAUACAAGCAACUAAUAUACAUAUAGAGAGAGAUGAGUAGCGAACGCCGGAGCGGGGAUUCCAACUCUAAACAACGACGCGCUCGCAUGUCGCGAGCAUUCCUAUGACUACGGCUGUAGCCCAUUCCACAGACAAAUCGUCUUCUCUUCCCUUAUUUCCAAGCCCAAAACCCCCCCUUUCUCUCUCUAACAAUGCUCUCAUCCCAUGGACGUUUCUCAUCCCCCCCUUCUCAUUUUCACCCACCACCACCAACUACAACUACUUCAAUUCACCGCCAUUUCUUUCCUCCAUUUCUAGUUCCUCAGCUUUCAUUGCAAAUUUGCCAUGUCUCCGUACAGGUUUCAUCUCCUCUUUGGCUUCUCUAUCAUCCUCACACUUCUACUUCAACAACCCAUUUCUCAUUCUCUCACACAAUACCCAUUUCAACCAAAUCAGUGCGGUGAGAAAUGCGGGGCUUUUCAAAUCCCAUACCCUUUUCAUGUCAACACUUCUUGUGGGUCACUCUCUGAUUCUUUCCGUCUCUCUUGCUUCAAUUCAACCUCACUUUUUCUCAACAUUGCCUCCCAAAGCUAUCAAAUCCUCCAAUUCUUCACUGAUGGUAUGUUGGUGGACUUCCCAAAUUCCUCAUCCUGUCGCGAGUACAAUGGUUUGAAUUCAUUCGGUUUCCAAGGGAAUGACUAUUUUGGGAUUUCGACUGAGAACAUUUUGGGUUUGUAUGAUUGUGAGGAUUCUUCACUGUGCAAAGCAGAUUGUGAGAAAACCCUAAUGCACGGUUGUGAUGGCAGGGCAGGUGGUUACCCUGCUUGCUGUUACCCGCUCUCCGAUCGGAGUGCUUGGCGUGCAGGAGAUGGGUUUCCCGUGUUUUCACAGUUCGGGUGCAGGGGAUUCUCGUGCUGGGUUGUUCCUCAGGGCAGUAUUACCGGCAGGCGUGGCGUGAAGUUGGAAUGGGCAGUGCCAAACAAUUCAUCCAAAGCAACCUGUGCUGCCAAUGCAUACAUUAUCAAUGCCACUUCAGUGCCCUCAGGAUUGAGGUGCCAAUGUCAGGAUGGGUUUGUGGGUGAUGGAUUUGCACAAGGAGUUGGAUGCUUUAAAUCCUGUGUCAGGGAGGGGAAGGAUUUACACGGGGAGGAUUGUGACAAGAGGAGACACAGUAGUAAGAAAGUGGAAAUUCUGGCCGGGGUUCUUACUUCAGCUUUCACCAUUGCCUCCUUGAUUGCACUUUUUUGUCUGUUGAGACGGCCUAUUAAAUCAGGUAAUUUUGACCUUGAUCAAACCCACAUUCAAAGUAGUAUCUUGUUUAGUAAAGCUUCCAGAACUCGAUUGUUUACUUACCAUGAGCUAGAGGAAGCCACCAAGGGGUUUGAAGAUGCCCAGAAACUUGUCGGUGGCACUAAGGGCACGUUCUAUGCUGGAAUUCUUGAGGAUGGGUCUCAUGUAGCUGUGCACAAGGUACACUGUGAGAGUGAAAGAGACCUCGUUCAAGUUUUAUCUCGAGUGGAGCUUUUAUCUGCAGUUCUACACAGGAGCAUGGCCCGUCUCCUUGGAUGCUGUAUUGACUCUGGCUACACUCCUCUGGUGGUCUACGAGUAUCCUGUAAAUGGCACCCUGGAGGAACAUUUGCAUCACAACAAAGCACAAAAAAUUGGUCUUGACUGGUACAAGAGGUUGAACAUUGCCACUGAAACAGCAAGCUUUCUUGCAUUCCUACAGUAUGAGAUUUCUCCUCCUAUUUUCCACCAUGAUCUCCGAUCUGGUUGCAUCUUCUUAGAUGAAAACUUUUCCAUCAAAAUUGCCGGGUUUGGGUUACUGGCAACCAGCAUUGGAGAUGGACCUCUUUCAGUUAACAACUCCGAUGGUUCUCCUUUUGGUAGAAAUGAUGUUUGUGGCCUGGGAGUGGUACUCUUGGAGAUUAUUGCAGGUGCCAGACAGUUGGAUCUGCCAACAAUUGCUUUGGAAAAGAUUAGAAAUGGAAAGCUAGAAGAGAUUGUGGACCCACUUCUUUAUUAUCAUGAGCAGCCACGCUUUCACCGAGAGCAGAUAGAGAUAGUUGCAGACCUUGCCACAAGGUGCUUGUUGUUUGGCGGAGAUGGCAAACUUGGAAUGGUAGAUGUUGCAAGGAAGCUGCUGCACAUAACAAAAGAGAACGUGGAUGGUGGUAGUGGGAGGGAACCUGCACUGAAGGAAACAUUUUCGAAUUCAAGCCUCCUUCAGAUGAUAUCUAUGUCUCCUGACUCCAUACACGUCCCCUGAACUAUGUAUCAACCAAAUUUGUGAGUCCGUUUCCCUGCAAAGAAAUACUUGUGGGUGUGCGUGUAUGCCUGCGUUCACAGGGUUGCUGGCUGGGGCUCAAUUAAUUUUGGAUAUAGAAAAGCCACCGUUUCUCUAUGUAUUGUACACCAGAAAUGUAUGUAUAUAGGCUUACAUGUUCUUUCUUCAAA